AUGCAAAUGAACCUGCAAAGUCUGGACAAACUCGGCUAUACCAAAGAAUUUCUGAAUAAGCAAAAGCGCUGCGGUCGGUGUCAGCGAGUCAACUCGGUAGGAGCCAUCCAAGGUAAUAAUAAAUUAAAAGAUAUUCAUCAAGAAUUUGAUAAAAGUGCUAUAAGAAUUUUAAAAGGAGUUCCAAACAAUGGACAUCAUUUAAAAAAAACAUCAUGGUGCUAUGAUGAAAAUGGAACAGGAAUGAAAAUGAUAACAAUGAUGAUGACAGCCGAGAAGAAGAAAUCUAUGAAGAAUGUAUUGAACAAUGCGAUGGGAGCCUUCUAUGGUGAGAGCAACAUUUGCCACUUAUAUUUUUGCCUUUAA